AAAUUAAUAUUAUUUAUUAAUUUAUAUCCGUAAGAACAUAUGGACAUACAGAUGAAGCAGUAAAAGUAGAGUAUUACAUUUGAUUACAAUAACUGAAAAGGUAGAGAAGCACCAUGAAGCCCGCCUUCGCAUGAAUCUUCGGACACAAGCGACAAAGAAAGGUCAACUUGCCAGCAGUACUAAAAUUUCAAGGACUAAAGGGGAAGGUCCUAUAUAUACCAGGAUUCCAGUUUCUCGGCACAGUUGCCUUUUGGAAACCAGUUCAACAUCCACAAAAAUGAAAACCGCAUUUGUUUGCUUGAUGGCCAUCGCCGCCGUAGCUGCUCAUCCAAAAGAGCAGAGGGACAAGAGGCAAUUUCUUGUUGCUCCAGCUCACGCCACUUUUGACGCUCCAUUGGCAACUUCUGUAAUCGCCGCAGCUCCAGCUGUUGUUGCCGCUCCCGCUCCCGCCAUCGCCACGGCACCCGCAAUCGCCACCGCCCCAGCAAUCGCCGCUGCACCAGCUGUAGCCGCAGCACCUGCAUUCGCUACCUCUCCAAUCAUCGCCACUGCUCCAGCCAUUGCUACAGAAGUUGCAGCUCCUUUCGCUGCCCCAAUCGCUGAAUCUUACGCUACCCCUGCCAUUGCUGCUGCUCCAGCUUUCGUUGCUGCUCCAGCCAUCGCUGAUCACGCCUACGCCGCCCCUGCCUUCGCCGCCCCUGCAUACGCCGCUCCCGCCUAUGCUCCAGCUUUCGCCCACAGCAUUGCUGCCCCUCUGACAUCCGCUCUCGUCUCAAAAACUAUCAUUUCCCCAUUCGCCGCUCAAGCUCCUCUUGUAUGUAACUCGAACAUAACAUUUUAUAAGAACAUGUUGGAAAGAUCGGAAUGGCUUCAGAGAUACAACAAAACCUUGGAUGUGUCAAUGGUUUCGCUUUAAAAACUAUUUUUUUGAGCAAAAAGCAUAAUAAUAGAUCUUGUAGAGGAUUAAAUAUAUCUGUCUAACUCCUACUCAUAACUACUUCAUUGUAGGUUUUAUUCGUUUAUGGAGCAGACAUUUAAAGUUUAUUUAGAACCAGCACAAAGUGCAAAUAUCUACUAUGUAAGGUAGUUUUAUAGCUUUAGGUCAACAACUGUGUACUUCUGCCAACUAGACUCUCUCAACAGAGCGAAUAAUUUUAUUUUGAGGAAAAAAUAUGUUUAACAUAGUAAUU